AUAACCAACGGAGAGAAAUGAAGAGAAACAAACGCCAAUCAGAAUCAAACUUUGACACAGAAGACUUGGAAGGUGCUACUGAAGAAGUAAACACCAGGUCACCCACCACACAGCUGACUCAAGAGCUUGAUCACCAAUCUAAUGAAACCAGGCCAAUGGGACAAGAAACCGACCAAACACUUAAUCCAGACAACCCAUAUAAUCAACUGGAAGGUGAAGGGAUGGCUUUUGACCCCAUGCUGGAUCACCUUGGCGUGUGCUGCAUUGAAUGCAGACGGAGUUACACGCAGUGCCAGAGAAUCUGCGAGCCUCUCCUGGGCUACUACCCCUGGCCCUACAACUACCAAGGCUGUCGUACCGCCUGCCGCAUCAUCAUGCCCUGCAGCUGGUGGGUUGCUCGUAUCAUGGGUGUUGUGUGA